CCCCUGUGGUGGUGUUGGGUUUUUUUCCUGAUCCAGGAAGGCCUCCUUAAAACCACUGCCUUUGCCCGCCUGUUCCAAACAGGGUGGCAUAGAUGCGCAGGGGGCCACACAGUUAAAGCCACAAACACAGGAAGACGUAGAGACCGAGACCACUUCAGGACUGGUGCAGAGCAAAAAUGGCAUCGAGUUCCCUGAUCCACGCCGGGCUGCUUCUGGCCAUCAUUUUCUUACCAGAGUUCCUUGGGGCCGUCCCACUGGAGCAGCACAAAGAAGAACUUCAUGGGGCGGCCGACGAAGUGAAAGCUGAAGUUGCGGCCGACCUUGAGAAGUUGGUACGCAACCGGAGGAACGCGCCCGUCAUGGCCGUGCCCCAGUUCCAGCGCCUCCCCGACUUCUGGGACUGGUACAAGUACUUCAUGGACAGCCAAAACCAGGAAGGGGUUGAAGAUUUGGACCGUCUGUACUUGGCAUACCUGCAGAACAAGCACAGGUCCGAGGAGGGCCCCACCUUUAACCACUACCUCAAACAUCUGAGCGAAAUCUACAAGGCAUGCGCCGAGUCUGACGACCCUGAAUGCAUCGCCGAGUCCACCAGCAAGCCCAGGGCGGCCGUGGUGAUGCCCGCCCCCAUCAAGUCCGCCGCCGUCCGGAUGUGCAAUCCCUACAUCGACCCAUAUUGCCUCUUCCCGCUGACCUCUAAGGGUGCAGCCCCCCAGCUGGAGCCGGCCCCGGCCCCGGCCAAGGUGCCUGCCCCCAUCCUCACCCCGAUGGUACCCAUGCCUCAGAAGAGGCCCACAGGCUUCUACUUCGCCCCGGUCCUGGAGCCUUUCCUGAGCCAUGAGCAGAAGGCUGAGUUGUUGAGAAUCUGCAACCAUGAUGACGUUGAGUGUCUUCAGUACCACCUGAGGGCAGCGUACGGCUACCGACCCGCCGCUGGCCCCGCCCCUUCCUACUCCGCCCUUAAAUGUGACCCCAAUGACCCGUACUGCAAGCCAACCAUGGGGCAAAAAUCCGCCUCUGGGUACUAUCACCUACUCUACCCUAGCUGCGACCCGGCUACCGAUCCUCUUUGCGUGGGCAACGGCGCCGCCCCCGCUGGCCCGGGCAGCGACCCUGCGCCCCAGGAGCAGCAAUGCAACCCGCUGUUCGAUGCCGGCUGCAACCCGCUGACUGCCACCAAGCUGUCUGGCCUCACCAAGUCCGUAAUGGAGUACGCCCCCAAAGGCCAACACGCCCACGUUGCCGCCCCCCUGAGCUGCGACCCGCGCUACGACCCUUACUGCAUACUGGCAGCCGCCGCCUCCCUGCGCAAGCCCCAACCGCAGCUCCCGGAGCAACAGGUCCGCUACAAGCUGGGCAUCCGGGGCAAGACCAAGGAAGGCUACGAUUGCUAUGUGCACUAUGACAAAGACUGCACCCCGGUGGACCCCCGCUCCAAAGCCAGGGCUUCAACCGAGCCCCGCUGCCACCCAUUCGACCCCACCUGCGCAAAGUUUACUUCGCCCUCCGCCGUCCGAGCCCCGGGUCACAGCAAAGGCGGCAUCAUCUUCCCGGACCCGGACUGCGACCCCGAGGUCGACUACAACUGUCCCCUGCGUCGCGCCGAUGACGCCGACGAAGUGAAAGCGGCCGACCGGGUGGGCCGGAAAGAAAAUAAGGCGGCCGCAAAAUCCAGUGUCCCCCGUUUUGAGGACUUCCUCCGUGGCGUCACGUUCCAGCACAAGUCGAUGUAACCCAAAUCACGCAAUUACAAGAAGUCACGACUAAAAUGUGAGCUUUCCUUUCCAGAAUGAUAUCAAAGUUGCUCGUAUGUAUGUAUAAAGGUGUUAGACGUUCCUUUUGUUGAGUUACCCAAAGUGUAUUUAAUGUUGUU